CAAGUUUUGCGCUAGUUGGCUUAUGUGCAGUGAACGUUAGUUUGUUACUGUGUGUGAGCCAGAACUAUCGUCCUGUAAUGAGAAGAAAGAGAAAACAGCAGGACGUUCUUCUGAAGACUGUUAUAAUAUUCACCUGCAGGAUUUAAAAAAUGGUUUUGGUGCGGAAUUUCUGGAUUUGUAUCGUUUGUCUGACAGGUGUCCUCCCUCCCCGCUGUUCGGGGGUCAAUGUGUUUGUUAGAGACGAGAAGAGGUAUGCCGUGUUGUUUCAGUCAGUGGUUCUGCCAUGUCAGUACAACAGCGUGUCCACCCAGACGCCAGUUGUGCAGUGGGUCUUCAAGUCGUACUGUCGGGACCGCACCAGGGACUCGUUCAACUUCCCCGACAGCCUGACUCCGGGCCAGGGAGGAGGUGGGCUGACAAGUGGAGGUAGAGGGGUCGGCGGGGGGUACGAGGCGGGGAUGACGGCGGGCUACCUGGACUGUGCUGAUAGCAGCCGGACAGUUCGUACUGUUGCCUCCAUCUCCGGUUCCUCCAUCACACUGUCCGAGUACUACAAGAACAGAGACAUCUCCAUCAUCAACAAGGCCGACCUGCGCAUAGGGGAGGUCAAGUGGGGAGACAGUGGAGUUUACAUCUGUAAAGUGGUUAUAUCUGAUGACUUAGAGGGACAGAACGAAGCCUCCGUGGAGCUGCUGGUUCUUGGUUUCUCAGGGGUGCCUGAAGAUCUCCUGCCAGAAUUUGAUUUGAAGAUUAUGCCAGAGUGGGUGUUUGUGUCGGCGGUGGCGCUGGGCAGUCUCCUCUUCCUGCUGUUGUUCGGGGUUUGUUGGUGUCAGUGUUGUCCUCACUCCUGCUGCUGCUAUGUCAGCUGCUGGUGCUGCCCAGACACGUGCUGCUGCCCAAGACAUCUAUACGAGGCAGGUAAGGGUAUAAAGAUGGGCACCUCCACCCCUCAGACACCUGCCUACCCUCCAUACUUUGUCACUGGGGUCCCGACGAUGGUCCCCAUCGCACCCCCUUCUCUGGUGGACAAGAUGUCCUCCGUCUCCCCUUCGGAUGGCAGUGUACUUACAGCAUUGCCGAUGCAUGCUGUAGGGCUUCCCUACCGCGUGCCUUCCCCUCAGGAUCAGGAAUCUCUCAGGGUGCUUCAGUAUGUAGAGAAACAACUGGCUCACUUCAACCCUGCCAGGUCCAUCAGCCCCCAGUCCUGUAGCCUGUCUGAGCUGAGCUCCCUCCAUGAGGUAGACACUGGCUUCCGCCAAACAUACCGGAACGUACAGAAGAAAGCUCUUCCUGCCAUCCCGGACCACGACCCUCAGCCUGAGCCCCAGCGCUACCGUGACAACCGCAGCCCAGAGCCGCCGCGUUACCGUGACCACCCAUCUUCACCCCAACGACCUCGUGAUGACCCCGACGCAGAGCCCCGACGCUGUCAGGAAGAGUCUCUUCCUCCGCGGCGGUACAGCGACGACCCUCCACCCGCACAGUCACGCAGGCCUGUCCGACAUCAGCGGCAACAGAAUCACAGCGAGGGGGACCACCACAACAGGUGGAACCCACGCUCUGAGCAUCUGCACAGAAAGUCGUACCGUAAUGCGGGACGGACCGGCUCUCUGGAUGAGCUGGAGGAGUUUGCUGCAGGUUACAAGCAGAAAGGAGGAAGAGGGGAGCACAAAAGGGAAGACAACCGAUGUGACUAUGAGAUGGAGCUUCUGGAGUUCAGUCGAUAUCCUUCCUAUUGUAAUGGUCCACCGCAGCAUUAUCACAAUGAUGAACAUCAGUUUGGAGACAACAGUGACCAAGAAGAUAACCACAGACGAAACAUAAGCCCACUCCAGUCGCCCAAGAAGAGGAGGGGCACUUGGGACAGCGAGCUUCCUGCCCCACUUCCUCCCAGAGUCAGUCCACCAUCAACCUCUUCUCAAGAGAAAGACUACGAUAGCACGUUCCUAAACAGCCUGCUGGACCGUAAGGCUAAGCUGCGAGGGGUCAGCCAGGGGAAGAGUGGGCCCCGGGGUGAGGAGGAUUCAGACACACCCUCAAAAGGUAGCUCGAAAAAGAGCAGCGGGGAAUCCAGUCGACACUGCAGCCGCUCACCCAGUAACAGGCCUGAGGCAGAUUCACUGUCUCCGUGCUCAGACACAGAGAGAAGCAGAACUGAGAGGCCAUCCCCGCGUCCGCCAGCAUCGAACACUCGCUCCUCUCAGUCUCCGGCUAACUCGCUACCAGUCCACAGAGAAGAGCCCAGAGACAAGAACCGGAAAACGGGCACUCUUCUCAGCCGGGACUCCCUCAUCGUUUGACGGACUGAAAGCCACAUAAACUGAAUGCUCUUAAACAAACUCUACGGGAGCCGUUUGUCAGCUGAUGGGAGAAAGAAAUUAUUUGGAUUGCAUAAGAAAUGCAACUGACAGUGAGGGAAAGCUGAAUCAGCACUUAUGAAUGGACGAGUGGACAACAGACACACUUUUACUAUGGAGACUGUCACUGGGGUUUCUGCCUGUGACGUCACUGAAUGAUGAAGUCAUCACUGUUCAGUUUGUGUCAGCGGCUGCCUCAUAUAUCUCAGCUGAGCUAAGUCCGGGUGUAUGACCUGGACUGUCCGUCCCUGCAGGACGCUGUUUGCCUCCCGUCCCUUUGCUUAACGCUUCCAGCACAAUGACUGCAUUCAUUUCCACUUGAUGAGCUAUCGGCUUUAAAUAAGCCCAUUUGUAGAAAAAGGGUUUAUGACAACAGCAUUAUUGUAAAGGACAUACUGCUUUAGCUGAGUGUCAACACACACUCUGCCAUUCACUAACUAGAGCAUCUAAUCCAAUGUAUAUUAAUUUAAUGUUAACUAAAAGUGGAAGUUGUAACCAAUAUUACCAAAGGUUUAUAUCAUGUGUAUCUACAGAGAGGCUCAAGACCAAUGUUAACACCUCAAAGACGCAUUUGAGUUUCCCCAUAUGUUCUAUUGAUGCCUCAGCCCUUAUGGGAGUUGCUUAGCACCAAACAGCAGAGAGACACAGUUAGCAUCUCCCUGGUGAACACAGUGGAGAACUUUAUCAACUAAAGAGCCAGGUAUUUCUCAGAGUUAAAAGAGAGUGAUCAUAUCAUUUUUCUCUGUCUCUACUGGAUGUGUAAAUAGCAAAUCAACACUAAAGAGCUGCCGUAACAACUUCAUAAUUGGAUGAUAUGCCAACAUACAGCUUCUCUUAUGGCCCCCGUGUUGCCAAAAUAUUACUAAUGUUUCCUAAACUAAGUUUGUCAUACAUUCACAGGGUUUCCCUCGGAUUCUUAGAAACUCUCAUAAUGCAUUGAAUUAAUUCUGCAAAAUAAGGCUUUAAUUGGUGCUGGAAUGCCUUUCACGUUAACCUCCAGGUAUUGUAGACUAGGCACUUUGUGUUUAAUGCAGGAAGUGUUUUAAAUAUUACACAAUGGUAAUCAAGGCAGGGUUAUCCCACAUGCAGAGUUGUUGUUAAGUUGGUCUGAAAUGUAAUAACAAGUGGCAUUCAAAAAAGUCUUUAAUCUAUCUUGCCAUAAACUGUAGGAUCGUGCAUGCAAAUGAGAUGGUUCGAUGUCACAAUGCAGCCUUUAGUAGCCAAACAUCAAUCACUUUUAUUCAUGUUAAUUUGAAACGUUUUUAAAGCAACAGAGACGGCUCUCAAGAAGCCAAACAACGGGAGUGCCAGUCUGAAAUGUAUACGAGUCAGAUCUUAAGUUCAUGACAUGAAGCAAAGAAAUCACUAAAAAGUAUCAAUGCGGUUAAAAACUUAACCAGUACUAAACCUGCAGACUGAACUAGUACUACCCUGCAGUUGUCUGCAGGUAAUGAAGUUAUAUCUUUACUCAUGAAGCAGAAACAUUAUUUUGCCUCCACAUUGUAUUAAAACAUGUCUGAGUUUGCACAAAGUAGCUAUUUUUCCAAGGAACUAAAACUUGAUGAAACGUUGUAUUUGUUUGUGAACCUUAAGGCAUUGAAGUCCCACUUGCCUUUUAAAAGAUGUUUAUAUUACAGCAUAAAGAUUUACAUUUAAUUGGACCUAUUUAUGUUUGUGGUGUGAUAUGGUCAAUGUAAUUAGAAAAUAAUGAUGUUUGCUUAUACUUUCCAGUGUGACUGUGUACAUAACAUGAAGUGCCUCGGUUUGAUAAGUAUAAUUCAACCUUUUCUUAUCACUGCUGAGUCAACAGCUGAACCAACACCUUCAUCUGUUAUCAACAGUCAUACUCACAAGCACACACACACACACAUACAACACACACAGUAGCCCACUGAUUUUUACUUAUGUUGUUUUAACAUUACACCAAACAGUAUUUCUUUAUUUCUGCCUCUGUUUCUUUAAACCAGUGUUUACGUUUUCUUCUAUCUUGUUCUCUACUGUCUGGUACUGAUGUGUGUGUGUGGUGUGUGUGUGUAUGUGUGUGUGUGUGUGUGUGUGUGUGUGUGUGUGUGUGUGUGUGUGUGUGUGUGUGUGUGUGUGUGUGUGUGUGUGUGUGUGUGUGUGUGUGUGUGUGUGUGUGUGUGUGUGCGUGAUGACUCUUUACUUUUCUGUAAAGGAGACAAUGUGUAAUUGAGUAUGACUCAUGUCUUUGUCCAUUGUUGAAAUCACAGACUGCCUGUCUUUUUAACAGUGGUUUUGUCAUCCACAUAAAUAUUUGUUAUGAAUUGUUUGUAUAUAAAGUCAUUUUGUAUUGUCAUAACAAAAACGUAAAAACAAUUGUGUAUCUUAGUAAAUAGAUUGAGUAUAAAUAAUGGAUGUGUUGAACUGAUUAGGUUCAAGAUAUGAUGGUUUAUUGAACCACUGUACUUAGAAAUAAAUUGAGAUAUAGUUGUACUACUUUAA